UUCGUUCAUUGUGACCUAGCAACUAGCAAGCAGUAGCAGGAGUUGAGGCAACUCCCGAACACGUGGAAGGCGGCAGCACUAUAUAUUCGAAACUUGAGCUGCACCCGAAACUGAAUCUUCGAACCCUAAGCACCAGCUCGGGUUCUUCUCUACAACUCUUCCUCCGAUUACUCAAUACACUAACCUAGAUCUAUUCUUGUCUUCUCGAAUUUCAGAUCCAAGAAAUCAGUUCUCGAAUAUGGUGUCCGACGCCAGCAAGAAAAAGGCCGCGCAGAAGAAGGCGGCGGCAGCGGCUAAGAGAGGAGGCAAGGCGGCUGCUUCCUCGAAGGCGUCGGCGUCAGCUUCAGCCUCGGAGAAGGCAGCCGACCAGCUCGCCAACGGUGUCGGAGAUAUUGUUAUAUCGGAUCGGACCUGCACCGGUGUCCUCUGCUCACAUCCCCUUUCCAGGGAUAUUAGGAUAGAGUCUCUGUCAGUUACUUUCCAUGGACAUGAUCUGAUAGUUGAUUCUGAAUUGGAGCUGAACUAUGGAAGACGCUAUGGUUUGCUCGGAUUAAAUGGUUGUGGAAAAUCUACCUUGCUUACGGCAAUAGGUAUGCGAGAGCUUCCUAUUCCAGAACACAUGGAUAUAUAUCACCUUGCUAGGGAAAUUGAAGCCUCUGACAUGUCUGCGCUGGAGGCUGUAAUAAGCUGUGACGAGGAGAGGUUGAGAUUGGAGAAAGAAGCUGAAGCUUUAGCCUCUCAGGAUGAUGGGGGUGGUGAAGCACUUGACCGUAUAUAUGAACGUUUGGAAGCCCUGGAUGCAUCGACUGCAGAAAAACGUGCUGCUGAAAUCCUAUUUGGUCUUGGUUUCAACAAGCAAAUGCAGGCAAAGAAGACACGUGAUUUUUCCGGGGGUUGGAGAAUGAGGAUUGCUCUAGCCAGAGCUUUAUUCAUGAACCCAACCAUUCUCUUGCUUGAUGAACCUACCAAUCACCUCGAUUUGGAAGCCUGUGUGUGGCUGGAGGAGAAUCUUAAGAAGUUUGAGCGUAUUCUGGUUGUGGUUUCACACUCCCAGGAUUUUCUUAAUGGUGUCUGCACAAAUAUCAUACACAUGCAAAGCAAAAAGCUGAAGCUCUACACUGGUAACUAUGAUCAGUAUGUUCAGACACGUGCUGAACUUGAAGAGAACCAGAUGAAGCAGUACAAAUGGGAGCAGGACCAGAUUGCCUCAAUGAAGGAAUACAUUGCCCGAUUUGGCCAUGGGUCAGCAAAACUAGCUCGACAAGCUCAGAGUAAAGAGAAAACUCUUGCAAAAAUGGAGCGGGGUGGUCUUACAGAGAAGGUGGCUAGGGACAAAGUUUUGGUAUUCCGCUUUGUGGAUGUGGGAAAACUUCCCCCUCCUGUCCUCCAGUUUGUUGAGGUGACAUUUGGUUACACUCCUGAGACUCUCAUAUACAAGAACAUUGACUUUGGGGUUGAUUUAGACUCUAGGAUUGCUCUGGUUGGACCCAAUGGAGCUGGGAAGAGUACAUUACUUAAGUUAAUGACAGGUGAACUGGUUCCUAUAGAUGGCAUGGUUCGACGCCAUAAUCAUCUUCGGAUUGCACAAUAUCACCAGCACUUGGCUGAAAAGCUAGACAUGGAAAUGUCAGCUCUCCAGUAUAUGAUUAAAGAAUACCCUGGAAAUGAGGAAGAAAAGAUGAGAGCUGCUAUUGGGAAGUUUGGCCUAUCAGGUAAAGCCCAGGUGAUGCCGAUGAAGAAUUUAUCUGAUGGGCAGAGGAGCCGUGUGAUAUUUGCAUGGUUAGCCUAUAGGCAACCUCACUUGCUACUCUUGGAUGAGCCAACCAAUCAUUUGGAUAUUGAGACAAUCGACUCGUUGGCCGAGGCAUUGAAUGAAUGGGAUGGUGGCAUGGUGCUUGUUAGCCAUGAUUUUAGGCUCAUAAACCAGGUGGCCCAUGAGAUAUGGGUGUGUGCAGACCAAUGUGUCACCAGAUGGGAAGGUGAUAUUAUGGAUUUCAAGCAGCAUCUAAAGGCGAAAGCAGGUUUAUCUGACUGAAGAAGAUAGUCAGAACCGCGACAGAAGCUGUCAUCUAAUACUUGUGCAAUGUAUGUUGAUGAUGCUUGCUCAUGGUUUAUUUCUCUCGAGGGUACUCAAGUUGAUUUCUCUCGAGGUUGAUUAUUGAUUAUAGUCGAGUUGAAUGACAGAGAACCAACUUUGCUGUGCUUCUAAUAUAUAACGAGAUACUUCACCUUAUGUUAGAUGUUAUACCUAAAGGUCUAUUCUGGUUAA